AAGUACGGGGGGCGGUUGUGUCAUCCGUCUCACUUUUGAUUUGAUUGAUGUGGUACAUGACAAAUAUAUAUGUUGACUAGUGCAUGCGUGUGUGUUAAGCCCCGGAUCUUCUUCAGUCCUUAAUACGCCCCUGCUGAACACAGGUCUGUGGAACAGAACAAAUGUUAAUCUCGUCCAGAAGGUGGCGCUAGCGCACCUUUACGCUGGUCACGGACCACCGGAAGCAGCAGAAACCGGAAGCUGCUAGCAGAGCUAGCUUGUUGUUGUUGUGGUGUGUGAGGAGAAGAUUUGAGGCUCUGCAGUAAAAACGUCUUCACUUCAGUCUCUGGGAGAGUUGAUCAGCUAAAGCGACUAACUGCUGCUGCUGCAGAAAUCUUCUCACCAGGCUGUGGAAACUUUCUUCUCCUCCUCAACAACUUGGUGGAGUUCUUUCCAGAAGCAGAGAAGCUAUUCUGCGGUCUUCGUGACAAUCGGAGCUCCAGAAGCAGGUGAUGGGUGAGAAAAGCUUUUCUCUAGACUUCCUGCCCUCUGGAUCUGCUGCUGUUCCUUUGGCCUCUCUGAGAAACGCGCUCGUUUUGCUGCUUUCAUCAGACUGAAGAGGUUCCCUCUAUCAGACUCGCUCAUCUGAGUUGGUCAUGAUGCAGGAUCGCUGCUCGCUCUCUCAUCCAUCCUGCUCACACUCUCCGACGGAAAAGGCCCGAAUCUGAAUGUGACUCUGGAGGAAAAAGCGGUUAGCUCUACUCCGUGAACUCUGCUGUUAGCUAAACACGGCUAAAGAAAACCUGCUACCACUUCAGGAUCAUCCAUCAGCUGGGACUGCUUCAUCAGCAUGGACACAGAUGUUCAACAGCUGGUGCUGGUUAAAGAAGGAGCUCCUGAUGAGGACCAGCAGGACUCGGAACACCUCCACAUAAAGGAGGAACAGGAGGAACUCUGGACUAGUCUGGAGGCAGAAUGUCUCCAUUUUAAGGAGGAGACUGAUGCUGCCAGGUUUCCAGUCACUGCAGUUUCUAUAAAGAGUGAGGAUGAUGAAGAGAAACCUCUGAUCUCACAGCUUCAUCAGCAGCAACUAGAAGACAGAGAUGUUCCAACCAGCAGCUCAGCUGACCAGAUGGCAGCAGAAACUGGUGGAGGAGCAGAGAGUAGCAGGAUCCCAGAUCUGAACCCUCAUGAACAGACUUAUAAUUCUUCAGAGACUGAAGUUAGUGGAGAUGAUGAAGAGGAUGAUGAUGUAAAUCUAGACUCUGAGCUGUCAGACUCUGGGUCUGAAACUGGAGACGAAUACAAUGACUGGAAUGAGAGCAGGUCUUCUGAGUCAGAUGGUAGGACUGGUAACAAAUCCUUUAGCUGCCCUGAGUGUGGUAAACAGUUUCUCCACCAGUGUUCUCUCCAGAAACAUGUGAGCGUGACCGGUCAUUCAGUAAUAAGGUCUUCAGGCUGUUUGGUUGGUAAAAAGUGUGUUAGAAUGAAGCAACAUGCAGACCCAGGCAGGAAAGCCCAGGAAGAGCUCAAAUCAUUUAGUUGUGACAACUGUGGAAAAAUAUUUAGAACAAUAUCAUAUUUAAAUAAACACACGAAAGUCCACACAGGACAGAAACCUUUUGUCUGUGAGCUCUGUGGACAAAGAUUUGGCCAAAAGAACACGUUAAACAGGCACAUGAGAGUCCACACAGGACAGAAACCUUUUGUCUGUGAGCUCUGUGGGCAAAGAUUUAGCCAAAAGAACACGUUAAAAAGGCACGCGAGUGUCCACACAGGACAGAAACCGUUUGUCUGUGAGCUCUGCGGACAAAGAUUUAGCCAAAAGAACACGUUAAAAAGGCACGAGAGUGUCCACACAGGACAGAAACCUUUUGCGUGUGAGUUAUGUGGUCAAAGAUUUAGCUGUAAGAAAACUUUAAACGAUCACAUGAGAGUCCACACAGGACAGAGGCCUUUUGUGUGUGAGCUCUGCGGACAAAGAUUUAGCCAAAAGAACACGUUAAAAAGGCACACGAGAGUCCACACAGGACAGAAACCUUUUGUCUGUGAGCUCUGCGGACAAAGAUUUAGCCAAAAGAACACCUUACAAAGGCAUGCCAGUGUCCACACAGGACAGAAACCUUUUGCCUGUGAGUUAUGUGGUCAAAGAUUUAGUUGUAAGAAAACUUUAAACGAUCACAUGAGAGUCCACACAGGACAGAGGCCUUUUGCUUGUGAGCUCUGUGGUCAAAGAUUUAGCCACAAGAUAACUUUAAACAGGCACAUGAGAGUCCACACAGGACAGAAACUUUUUCUCUGUGAUCUCUGUGGACAAAUAUUUAGCCAAAAGGCACAUUUAAACAAGCACAUGAAAGUCCACACAGGAAAGAAACCUUUUCUGUGUGAUCUCUGUGGACAAAUAUUUAGCCGUAAGACAAAUUUAAACAAGCACAUGAAAGUCCACACGGUACAGAAAGAAAGAAAACAAUCUUUUUUUUAGCGCCUCUCAAGAUAGAAAUCACAUGGCACUUGACAAGAACAAAAAAUAUAUAAAAGAAAAACUUUUUUUUAAUAUAAAAAUGACAACAGUAAAAAAAAUGUUCAUAUAAAAGGAUUGGAAGGGUUCCCUCUACAUGUAGGGUAGAUGUAUGUGUAAUUGAUUGUGGCACUCCGCCACCACAAAAUUAAAGUCGCCCCACAGUUCCAGUGACGUGUUUUUUAUAUAUUCCCCUUGUUUCAAUUUCUAGGCAUCAUUUGCCUUUCUUGCAAACAUUUCCCUUAUCAACUCCAGCCAGUGUGAGUGACGUCACCACGCACAUAACGUAGCUUACACGUUUACUCGGCUGGAGACAUGGCGCCUAAGCAGCAGAAAUGCUCAAAAGUUUGGUUCAUCUUUACGAGAAAGGUUGACAACAGGGCAACUUGCAGUACUUGCAAAGUAGAUAUCUAAUCAUAGAAGGAAACACUACAUACAUGCAAAAGUAUUUAAAUGUGGUAACUUAAAGUUAUUGUGUUUGGACUCGCUCCUGACUAGUGAAUGUCAACGCAGCACCAGCAGUGACAUUCGCACGUCCUCUCCUGUUAUUACUGCAGGUAACUGAUCAACUAGCACUGCCUAUCGUGUUGGCGUUAUUUGUCUUUAAACUCCCCCCCCCCCCCCCCCCCCACACACACAC